GAGGGAUGGACCCCGGAAAGGAGAGAGAAGCAAAUGCCUGGAGACUAAUAGGAAAGGUGCAAGGAGGUGUGUGUGUGUGUGUGUGUGUGUGUGUGUGUGUGUGUGUACCUGAAAACUAAUUUGCCCUCCCCCAUUAAAAAUGUCAAGGCUGUUUUAUCAAAAUGCAUGAAUUUCCUGACUUGAGAAUGCUCUCCAGGCAUGGGCCCCACUCUGGAACACUUGUGCUCCUAAGUGAUGGAGUACCCCAAAGUGAGUCUUCCCCAUCUCUCUGGAUGGGACUUUUUGCCAAGUGAACACAGCCUUCUUCAUUAGCUGGCUUACCCCAGACUCCAAGGCCUUCCUUUCUAGAGAUGUGAGGCCUUAAAGAGUCCAAAGGACUUAGUGUUCAGGACUCUUCCUAUGGUCCUGGAGUAGCUAGAGGAAAAGAAAGACAGCAUCUUGGCCGAGACGACGGAAUUAGGGCCAGAACUUCACAAAGCUGCAAAACUAAAAUCAAGGGCAUUUUCGGGUGUACCACGGAGGGCUUUAAAAUGUCAAGAUAAAUUCGGUCCUUGCCUACUAGCCACGGUAAAACAUUUAUUGGGCACUUUCUAGACUUGUUCAUGAGUUAAUGGUCCUAAGAAGUGGAAUUGGUAUUUUAAGCCAAGUUGAUGCUUCCGAAGUUAAGUGACUUAACCUGGCACUUUUAUGCAGGCCAAGUCUACAGAUUCACAUGAACUUUUUCUGGUGACACAUCCUUUCCCCCUUAGCUGGGAUGUUUAAAGGGUAGGCAGAGCGAGGGCAAGUGUUUGCACCUACCCUGAACCUACACUCUGCCUAGCUGGAAGAAAGGUCCAGUCUGGUACAGAGGAACCCUUCUUGAUUGUUGUCCCAAAAGUAAAAACCUGUUGUUCGCAUAGGUGAAAGGAUGGCUCCCAGAGCUCACGUAAGGGAGCUGCUGGGAGCGGGGCAGGGGUGUCUGUCCAGGACCCCGCAAAGGUAGCCGGAUGGGGGCUAUGCCGCGUGCCCCGCUGAGGAAAUGUGGGGUGUCACAUGCGCCAGUAGAAGCAGCGGGCCCGGGAGUUGUGGUAUAAAUUUAUGCCCAUAAUCUGACCUCUAUGAGCUGGAGGCUGGAGGACAGACGAGAGGUCAGCAGUGAGCCUGUUGGGAAUGCGAGCUGCGCCUGGGAUGUAGCUGGGAUGAAGGAAAAUGUGCGGGCAAUAACCAGGGGCAAGGGCCGGAUGCUUAGGGAAGCGCGGGUCAAGAGCCGCGCGGGAAGAGAGGCGGUGAGUUGGGAGCGGGGCAGGGGAGUGGCGGAGAGGCUGCCCUGCAGUCAGCGCCAGGGUCCUGGGCAUCCGAGCCUAACUUGCCUGGUGCGGUUCUCUUCCCGGCUGCCCGCCCGCGCAGGUGCCGCCGCCGGACGGGACUCUAAGAUGAAGUUAUGGGAUGUCGUGGCUGUCUGCCUGGUGUUGCUCCACACCGCGUCUGCCUUCCCGCUGCCCGCCGGUAAGAGGCUUCUCGAAGCGCCCGCCGAAGACCACUCCCUCGGCCACCGCCGCGUGCCCUUCGCGCUGACCAGUGACUCCAAUAUGCCCGAAGAUUAUCCUGACCAGUUUGAUGACGUCAUGGAUUUUAUUCAAGCCACCAUCAAAAGACUGAAAAGGUCACCAGAUAAACAAGCGGCGGCACUUCCUCGAAGAGAGAGGAACCGGCAAGCUGCAGCUGCCAGCCCAGAGAAUUCCAGAGGGAAAGGUCGCAGAGGCCAGAGGGGCAAAAAUCGGGGGUGCGUCUUAACUGCAAUACACUUAAAUGUCACUGACUUGGGUUUGGGCUACGAAACCAAGGAGGAACUGAUCUUUCGAUAUUGUAGCGGUUCCUGUGAAGCGGCCGAGACAAUGUACGACAAAAUACUAAAAAAUCUGUCUCGAAGUAGAAGGCUAACAAGUGACAAGGUAGGCCAGGCAUGUUGCAGGCCGGUCGCCUUCGACGACGACCUGUCGUUUUUAGACGACAGCCUGGUUUACCAUAUCCUAAGAAAGCAUUCCGCUAAACGGUGUGGAUGUAUCUGACCCUGGCUCCAGAGACUGCUGUGUAUUGCAUUCCUGCUACAGUGCGAAGAAAGGGACCAAGGUUCCCAGGAAAUGUUUGCCCAGAAAGGAAGAUAAGGACCAAGAAGGCAGAGGCAGAGGCGGAAGAAGAAGAAGAAAAGAAGGACGAAGGCAGCCAUCGUGGGAGCCUGGUAGAAGGAGGCCCAGCUACAGGAAACUGGAUAGGAGUGAGAACAGCCGUCUGAGCACUCCAGGAUGGCAGCUGAUGUCACCAGAAGCUCAGGGCUGGUGUCCUUGCUUAGCUGUUGCCAGCGUUUAUCUGAUACAGUCCAUGGUCACCGAUGGUGGUCCGAGUCGCAGAUGCACGCAAAGAACCAAGCCGGUGUAUCUCCUGUGGUUCAUUUUCACGUGUCGGAAGACACCAGGGAAACGUGACGAUUCUGGUGUCACCUCUUGUCACUACAUUUUACUGCUGAAAAUAAGAAAGAUGUAUUUUCCUGUCACUCCAUGGAUUCACACCCUGGAAAGGAAAGGGGGUGGGGGUGGGGGACAAAAGUAGAGACGUGAAAAAAUGACAACCUUUGAAUUUGAAAACCGGGGCCUGAGGUUUACUACAUUACCAGCAUUUUGGGGGACAUUUGGUGGUUGAUUUUGGACGCAGAGUGUGAGAUAUGGAGAAGUUGGCUAGGAACCCAGAAAGCUGUCCUCGUACUUAGAAACAAACCUGGAGGCAUUUCCUUCACGCCCUCAGAAACAGGAAGCGAGUUGUGGUUUUCGGCAGGAUUCUUGUAGGAGAGCUAGAGGGGAAGCCCCCCAGCUGCCCCAGCCAGGGAGACCCCGGGGCCUGUUGGUUUACAGAGACGGACGUUACAUACACAGCUCCGUUUAUGCGUGGUCACCAGUGACCAGAGAAGCUACUCGAUGCAAUGCAUCUGUUUCAAAUACAGAGAUAUAGAGAAGAUAUUUAUUGAGAUUUAAGUUAUUGUUAUUUAUUACCAUUCACUAAUGAAUUUCUCUCUUUUCUUCCCUUAUUUAUUAAAGUCUCUUUUCAAAGGUGCCAAAGUAUAUGUGCUCACAAAAUACAAAGGUGACAGAAGGAAAUAUUAACAUUGAGAACAAGGGUCCAUUCUCUUCAGAGUACUAAGAGGGUUUUUGCUAGGCAAAAAUCACUUACUUUACCUUUAUAAGACAGUCCUUCGCCAACUGCCACAGGUUGCAGCAUUUUCCCACCCCCCUUUCUGUGGACAGGAUCUCCUAUAGCCUAGGCUGACCUUGAACUCACUGCUUGAUCAAGGAUGACCUUGGCCUUAUGAUCCUCUGACUUCCUGUGGUCUUGGCAUGGCAGACAUCACACCAUAACCACACGAUAGAGAUCGAAUCCGGGGCUUCGUCUAUGCCAGGCAACUGUAGGUACCAAGAAAGUUACACACCAGCCCCUACUUUUUAUCUGUGAAAGGAAAGGGUCAGGAGGGUCAUCUCAGCCCCACCACCUCACUGGGAAUACCAGUGGGACUGCCUUGUGUUUGCAUCUCCUCUUAUAUCCACCUGAGCAGCGAGGCUCCGAGCUCCACUGUCCGUUGAGUGAAGUUCUUCUUCCCCUCCAUCACAUGCAAUAUCAUAACCACACAUUCAGAAGGCUGAACUCCCCUCAGAAGUCCUGAAGUUAUUGUCACCUAAAAGUGAAAUGAAGGCCCCUGCCAGGUAGGCAAGGUUUAACCCCUCCUGGCGGUAUCUCUUCCUCCAUUCUUGACCGCCUGCCUUCUUCCUGAGGUCGCACAGGCAGGAGAACAAGGGGAACCGCGCAGGGAGAGGUCAUCUGCCUUGUCCUUUUCCAGGGCUUGGGUGUCACCUGGGCUUGACAUUUGCUACCCCUUCCAACCCUGUGGGCUCUAGGGAGAAAGACGUACAGGAAGAGACAUCUGACUGGCCAUAGGACAUAUAAGAGGCCCUCCCUCCUUGUUUGGAGGGAAGAAGCAGACAGAGGCAAUGGCACCUCUCCCUGUACCCCACAGUGUACCUGUCUGGCAGCUGACAAACAGGUCAUGCCUUUGAGUCCUAUGUUAGAGCUUGUUACACAUUUCAUAAAUGGAAUUUUUAUGUAGAAGUUAAUGUAUCACUACCUUUGUGGCUGCUAUCCCCCCCAAAGUAGGACAGAGAGCUCUAAAAUAAUAAAUGACCAAUCGAUUGGCCUCUCUCAAAUCAUCAUGUCAAAUUUUCAAAGUAACCAAGAGGUAAAAGUCGCUAGGCAUCCCCUUCCCCCUCCCAUGGCUCUAAAGACCCAAGUUAUGAGUGGGUCCUCACCCUCUGCAGGACUGGGAAGUGGAGGUAUGUAUUUACUGCUCUCUUACCCUCUCCUGCUCAAAACGGUGACAACCUCAACUGCCCAGCACAAUUCAGAUGUAGUCCCAGACCCUCCGUUGAAUUCAGAGAAUCCUGACAGAUGUGGUUGCUGAUGUCCCCAGGUCCAGACACAGCCUCCAGCUCCUGGGGGAGUCCCUGGCGAGCUUAGCAUCAUCCGCACAUCUGCAGCAGGUUUUAACAGGAGCAAGCCGCUCCGCCCAGUCCACAGAAGGGGAAGGUUUGCGAUUGUUUCCCUUCACUGUUGUGAUGAGCGUCUGCCACAGUAAGGAGCACACUUCUUUGGAAGUUCUGACCUCUCUGAUGUCUCGGUCGUUUGUGUUAUACAACCAAAGUUCUCUACAGACUUUAUUUUUGUACAAUAUCAUUUUGUAACUUUUUACAAAUAAAAGCUCAUUUCUAUUGC